AUCUCUGGCCUGCGCGCGACCACACGUGAGAUACAGACACAAAUGGGCUAAACAUUAACAACACAAACAUUCAUAACACUACGUUUUACCCACCACCUCGUCUCGAAAUCAGUCGCGAGUUUGUGAGAGGAAGAUGCCAAGGACACGGUGUUUCCUCAACCUUCAAGGACAAUUGCACAGAAGUUGUUUUUUUUGGGGAGCCUUUAAAAGAGGUUAUGCAGAGAGCAGUGAUGUGGGCUGGUUUCGGUCAUUUUUUGUACACAAAGUAGAUUCCAGGAAAGAUGCUCACUCCAAUCUCCUGUCCAAGAAAGAGACCAGCAGCCUCUACAAAAUUCAAUUUCACAACGUAAAGCCAGAUUGCCUAGAUGCCUACAACAGUCUAUCGGCUGAGGUUCAGAACCAACUCCAUCAUGACCAGAGCUACCCCUGUGAGGUGAUUGGAAGCUGGAACACUUGGUAUGGCGAGCAAGACCAGGCUGUGCACCUUUGGAGAUAUUCAGGAGGGUACCCAGCUCUUACCGAGUGCUUGGACAAGUUACACCACAAUAAGGAAUAUAUGGAGUUUCGUAGGGAGAGAAGCAAAAUGUUAGUCUCACGUAAAAACCAACUCCUUCUGGAAUUCAGUUUUUGGAACGACCCGACACCCCGAACUGGUCCGAACAUUUAUGAACUUCGUUCAUAUAACCUCAAGCCCGGCACAAUGAUUGAGUGGGGAAAUCACUGGGCUCCGGCCAUUAUGAGUCGCCAGGAGAACAAUGAGGCUGUUGGCGGCUUCUUUACGCAAAUUGGAGACUUGUACAUGGUCCAUCAUCUAUGGGCUUAUAAGGACCUACAGACCAGAGAAGAAACCAGGAAUGCUGCCUGGCUCAAGGAGGGCUGGGAGUCAACAGUUUAUUACACAGUGCCUUUGAUCCGAAGUAUGGAGUCCAGGAUCAUGAUUCCAAUGAAGUUCUCUCCACUACAGUAAAGCAUUGAGGAGCCUAAAGACAGAGAAUAUUCUGCCGUAACAAGGAUUCUAUCAAUAAAUGUGUCCUACUGUCAAGCUGCUGGUUAGCGAUCAGUUAGAUUGGAACAUGAUAUUUGGGAUUUGAUUUGUCAAUAAAUGAUCUUGUUGUUGAAA